CCUCCCCGCGCUUGCGUGCUGCGCCGCGGCUGCGAGGCGCUGAGGGGAGAGGCGCCCGCCGCCAGCGCUGCUGAGGGGACCCGUUAGAGCGGAAGCGCCGCCGCCGCCGCCGCUGCCUUCGCGGUUCCCGGGCCCCUGGUUCCCGGCAGGUGGAGGCGGGAGCCAUGUCGAAGAGGCUCCGGAGCAGCGACUUGUGCGCUGACUGCAGCGGGCCGGAUCCUUCCUGGGCAUCAGUAAAUAGGGGAAUUUUCAUAUGUGAUGAGUGUUGCAGUGUCCAUCGGAGUCUAGGGCGUCAUAUCUCCCAAGUAAGGCAUCUGAAACACACACCGUGGCCUCCAACACUGCUUCAGAUGGUUGAGACCUUAUAUAACAAUGGUGCAAAUUCUAUAUGGGAGCAUUCUUUACUGGACCCUGCCUCCAUUACGAGUGGAAGACGUAAAGCUAAUCCACAGGAUAAAGUACAUCCCAAUAAAGCAGAAUUCAUCAGAGCCAAGUAUCAGAUGUUAGCGUUUGUCCACCGCUUACCCUGCCGGGAUGAUGAUAGUGUGACUGCCAAAGAUCUUAGUAAGCAACUUCAUUCAAGUGUGAGAACUGGAAAUCUUGAAACCUGUCUGAGACUGUUGUCUUUAGGAGCCCAAGCCAAUUUCUUUCAUCCUGAAAAAGGAAACACCCCACUCCAUGUUGCCUCCAAAGCAGGGCAGAUUUUACAGGCUGAAUUAUUGGCAGUAUAUGGAGCAGACCCAGGCACACAUGAUUCUAGUGGGAAAACUCCUGUUGAUUAUGCAAGGCAAGGAGGGCACCAUGAGCUGGCAGAACGCCUUGUGGAAAUACAGUACGAGCUAACAGACAGACUGGCCUUCUAUCUCUGCGGCAGGAAACCUGAUCACAAAAACGGACAGCACUUUAUAAUACCUCAAAUGGCAGACAGCAGCCUGGAUUUGUCUGAAUUGGCAAAAGCUGCUAAGAAGAAACUUCAGUCUCUAAGUAAUCAUUUGUUUGAAGAACUUGCCAUGGAUGUGUACGAUGAAGUUGACAGGCGAGAGACUGAUGCAGUCUGGCUUGCCACGCAAAACCACAGCACCCUGGUAACCGAGACAACUGUCGUCCCCUUUCUUCCGGUCAAUCCCGAGUAUUCAUCAACACGAAACCAGGGCAGACAGAAAUUAGCUCGGUUUAAUGCCCAUGAGUUUGCCACACUGGUAAUUGACAUUCUCAGUGAUGCCAAGAGGAGACAGCAGGGCAGUCCUCUCUCUGGUUCAAAAGACAAUGUGGAGCUCAUACUGAAAACAAUCAAUAACCAGCACAGUAUUGAGAGUCAAGACAAUGACCAGCCAGACUAUGACAGUGUGGCAUCUGAUGAAGACACAGAUUUGGAAACCACAGCAAGCAAGGCAAACCGGCAGAAGAGCCUAGAUUCAGAUUUAUCAGAUGGACCAGUCACUGUACAGGAAUUUAUGGAGGUCAAAAACGCUCUAGUGGCUUCUGAGGCCAAGAUACAACAGCUAAUGAAGGUGAAUAACAACUUGAGUGACGAGCUGAGAAUUAUGCAGAAAAAGCUUCAAACACUCCAGAGUGAGAAUUCGAACCUCAGGAAACAGGCCACAACCAAUGUAUAUCAGGUGCAAACUGGUUCUGAGUACCCAGACACUUCCAACCACUCUUCCUUAAAGCGACGUCCGUCUGCCCGGGGCAGUAGGCCCAUGUCCAUGUACGAGACGGGAUCAGGUCAGAAACCAUAUCUCCCAAUGGGAGAAGCAAAUCACCCUGAGGAGAGCAGAACAAGACUCCAGCCCUUCCCUGCACACAUCGGGAGGAGUGCGCUUGUGACCUCCUCUUCAUCUCUGCCUUCCUUCCCCUCCACACUUUCCUGGUCAAGGGACGAAAGCACCCGAAGGGCUUCCAGGCUGGAGAAGCAGAACAGCACACCUGAGAGUGACUAUGACAACACUCCCAAUGACACGGAGCCAGAUGACACAGGGUCAAGCCGAAAGGGAAGGCAAAGGAGUAUGGUGUGGCCAGGCGAGUGCUCAAUGCCAGAUCCACCAGAGUCCCACAYGGCCCCAAGCCCCACGCUCCCCAGCACCGAGGAUGUUAUCCGCAAGACUGAACAGAUCACCAAAAACAUACAGGAGCUCCUGAGAGCGGCCCAGGAAAAUAAACAUGACAGUUAUAUUCCCUGCUCAGAGAGGAUACAUGUAGCUGUUACAGAAAUGGCAGCAUUAUUCCCCAAAAAACCCAAAUCUGACAUGGUGAGAACCUCCCUUCGCCUGCUGACAUCCAGCGCCUACCGGCUCCAGUCAGAGUGCAAGAAGGCCCUCCCGGGGGACUCGGGCUCACCCACGGACGUCCAGCUGGUCACGCAGCAGGUCAUCCAGUGUGCCUACGACAUUGCCAAGGCCGCCAAGCAGCUGGUCACCAUCACCACCAAAGAGAACAACAACUGAACAGUGGAGUGCUGCCCUUUCUUUUUUCUAGACUUUUAAAAGUCCAAUUCAAAUUUAGACAUGGAACUCCAGAUUUUUACAAAAACAUUUAACGAUGAUUUAAAACUUUUUAAAAGAAAACUCAGUGUUAUUUUUGCAUGUUUUCUAACAAAUUUUCAACUAUUAAUUUAACCCACUUGCCUUAUUUCAUGCCUGUUUGCCCGUUUAGUUUCUGAUGUCCCGUUGUGUUGUUGGUGACUGUGAGACCAUGAUCAUACACAUCCAAAAGUACUUUCAUUGUUCAAAAUUCGUUAAAAUCCCUUUAAGCUCCCUACCUGUACGUAAGAUAAGUGAGAUUUUUUUUUUAGUAAAACAUUUUCUUGAGAGAGUUGGAUCAAAAAAAAAAAAAAAAA